AUGACUGAACCCAAACCCGAGGGCUUGGAAAGCUACUACCUCAUAGACGCAAAUGGUAUCGAAAUACACACUGCCGAGCCAUCGCCGCUAGAUAAUCUCCUCAAGAUGUAUGGCCUAGAACCUAUAGCAAAGCUGCUCGAACGUACAAAGCCGGACGGCUCCAAAGGCGUCAAACUACGCAAGUCUUACAAAAAUCACAUCCAGGACUUACCCGGAAAGCAUCAAAUACCACCGGCAAAGGCCCAGCCUGACCUAAUCCACGAGCUUGACGCUGAUUUGUUGAAUCACGCCUUGAAGUUCGAAAAGACGCCAGUGAACGGCAUUCCCGGUUUCAACCCGGCGGAGUUGGCUAUCAGCGACCAGCUGACCCUAAUGAGAGGAGAUGACAUGAGCGAGAAUGACGAGAAUAAGAAAAAGAGAAAGAAGAAGCAGGCGUCUGUGGACGCCAAGAGGCAGCAUAUAUAA